CAACGCCGAAACGUUUGUACUGCCGGGCUCCUCUCUCUCGCUUCUCACUGCACCCGCUGCCCCAACUAGCGGUGAAACCGUAAGGACAUAAGGCGCUUAUUCAAUUACGCCGAGCAUUAGAGAAAUUUAUAGGAUCACUUUCGUCCUUGUAGAUCGGCCCAUACCCAGUGUAACGUAUACCUAGUUACCCAAGUUAGCGUCAAAUAGUAUUAUUGAAGAGCGGAACAUACCUUCUGGCAAGUGAACCAAGUUGGUAUGAAACAGGUUCAUUGAAGAGCAGAAUAGACGAAGUAGCACAUACCCUGGGCUCCAAAUCAACGUCAAAAAGGCUCAUUAAAGGACGGUACCUAACCACUGCCACAUAUCCAUUGCCACAUUCUCAGUGACCAAUGUCGGCGUCAAACAGGUUCGUUGAAGAGUGGCGCAAAGGUACCGAAUGCCACAUAAUCAGGCAACCAAAUUGGUCCGACGGUUGGCUUGAAACCCUGUUCACUCCGCACAUCAGCCCGAUGCGCUACGCAUUCGACCACGGACUACCCAUGACGCAGAUUGGCGGGAAAGCACUUUGAUAUGUAGAUUGACCGUCCACCCCUGAAAACUGCAUGAAGUACGUAAAAAAACUAAUCGCAUUGAAAUAGCAUCAAUAACAAAAUUUAGUGACGUGAGGUAAAUGUUAAUAAUGAAAAUACAGUUUCACAGAACAAUAUAGCAGCAACAAACGCAAGGCAGUAUAUAAGACAUAUAAGUGCAAGCUAUUCUCUAAUUCAGCUUUCAAGGAGUUCAAACACCACGACUUUCUAUAGAAACGUGCAAGAUGUCUUAUUGCAGUCUUUUUCACGCCGCAGUUUACAUUACGGACAAUGCUUCAAAAGGAACUUGGCGUCAUCAACGCCACUUUAGACGAUGGUAUUCGUAUCAUAUUGGAAUAUCCUGACUAUUAUACAGGCUUGUGGAAGUUCCUGAACAGUUUGAACAACUCCAAUGUUGUCAAAAACUACGUCAUGUGGACUUACAUUCAAUCAUUGGUUGAGGCUGAAGGAACGCCCCUACACGACCUUUAUUUGACGUAUAAAUUGAAUGCGACCAACAUGGCACGCUCAUCAUCGAGGAAUCAGGUCGCAGCUUCUUGCAUCAAACAACUACUGAAGCCGGACAAGAUGCUCAGUGCGGGAGCGAGCUUGUAUAUUAAGCACAGUUUCAACAAGUACGACAGGAAUAACGUGCAGAAGAUGAUGUACUUCAUCAAGGCAUCAUUCGGAAAGAUCAUCGCCGAAAACAAGUGGAUGUCGGACUCGACGAAGACCAAGGCUGCCGAGCGACUGGCCAAAAUGGAAACAGUGAUUGGUUAUCCUGACUGGAUGUUGGAGAACCUUGUAGUGAACGAGCUGUACAAAUUUGUUCCAUUACUCAGUGAAAAUUCAUCGUUUGCUGAGCAUAUGUUUUGGAUUCAAGAAAACCAUCGCUACCAGGAGCUCCUAAAGCUCAGGCCACAAUACAAAGAAACAGAGUUUUCGGCCGUCGCCUUUUUUUCUCAUCCCUACUACAUUGAACGGAGCGAUACCCUCGUUCUGCCGGCGGCGGUGGUUGUGCCACACUAUAGGAGACCACCAGCGCCAAGAGCUUUGAACUUUGGAACUGUUGGAGCACUCGCCUCAAUGCUGAUUGUUAACGUUAUUGACAGGUUUGACACAAUCAGGAUAACCGAUGACAAAGUUCGAUUCGGCGGUAAAAUAGUCAUCAAGGACUCCUGGGAUGAGGAUACUAAGCGAAGAUUCUGUAAAUAUUCUGGUUGCCUGAAGAACGAGGUGUGCAAGGACUAUGAGAAAUAUGUUGACACUCAAGGUGAGGCCCACUUCAGUGACUACGUCGGACUGCGCGCGUCGUUUAUGGCAUUAAAGGACAGCGUUGGAAAUUACACCAGGCCAUACUUGCUUCCUGGAGGCAACUUUAACACGGAGGACAAGAUAUUUUUUCUGUCCUUCGGCAACCUUUUCUGUCCAUUCGGCAUUACAAAGGCCUUUCCAACAAGUAGGUCUGAUGAUCCGCUAAAGUCUCAACGAACACGAAGUUACAGAGGAAGGUUAAACAACGCCGUGAAUGGAUACUACGGCUUCCAGAAGGCAUUCAAAUGCCAAGCAACUGCGGACGUGUGCAAUCUCUUCCCUUAAAGCGUUGGCAACCUAAGCAGGGAAUAGUUCUCUGUUUAGUUUAAGCAUCAUUCGUCAUCGCCUACCACUCCUACCUCCAUAAUAUGGAACUACAUGUGGACUAAGAAUGGCAAAACCGCCGCACUUGUAUUUAUUGCAUAAAUAAACUUACCCAAACGGUC